GAUAUUGCAGCAACACGUAUUUAUUUUUGCGGUCCACUGCUUCUGACGCACCAAUUCCUUGCAUUCUCCAGCAGAGAUCAUUGUGAGAUUGCUGGUCGGGAGGAUGACGGCUCGAGUGUACUUCUCGUUGAUUGCGGUUUUGCUGUGUCUGUUUGGGUACUUGAGCAUAACUCAUGCUUUUCAAAAACGAACCGCAGUGAAGCCGGGUCAUUGUCCCCUACCAGAGAAUAUUCCACCGUGUGCUGAAAGGUGUAUCCAUGAUGGCCAGUGUCCUGCCACACAAAAAUGUUGCCCAGUCACCGGUGGCUUUGCAUGCAGUGAACCACGUGGUCAGGGAAGAGGUCAGGCAAGUUGUCAUGGCCAGGGAGAGGGUCGUGGAAGCGGCCAGGGAGAAGGUCGUGGAAGUGGCCAAGGAGAAGGUCGUGGUGAAGGCAAGGGAGAAGGUCGUGGUGAAGGCAAGGGAGAAGGUCGUGGUGAAGGCAAGGGAGAAGGUCGUGGUGAAGGCAAGGGAGAAGGUCGUGGUGAAGGCAAGGGAGAAGGUCGUGGUGAAGGCAAGGGAGAAGGUCGUGGUGAAGGCAAGGGAGAAGGUCGGGGAGAAGGUUGUGGAAGCGGCAAUGGAGAAGGUCGGGGUGAAGGCCAGGGAGAAGGUCGGGGUGAAGGCCAGGGAGAAGGUCGUGGAAGCGGCCAGGGAGAAGGUCGUGGAAGCGGCCAGGGAGAAGGUCGUGGAAGCGGCCAGGGAGAAGGUCGUGGAAGCGGCCAGGGAGAAGGUCGUGGAAGCGGCCAGGGAGAAGGUCGUGGAAGCGGCCAGGGAGAAGGUCGUGGAAGCGGCCAGGGAGAAGGUCGUGGUGAAGGCAAAGGAGAAGGCAAUGGAGAAGGUCGUGGAAGCGGCCAGGGAGAAGGUCGUGGAAGCGGCCAGGGAGAAGGUCGUGGAAGCGGCCAGGGAGAAGGUCGUGGUGAAGGUCGUGGAAGUGGCCAAGGAGAAGGUCGUGGUGAAGGCAAGGGAGAAGGUCGUGGAAGCGGCCAGGGAGAAGGUCGUGGAAGCGGCCAGGGAGAAGGUCGUGGAAGCGGCCAGGGAGAAGGUCGUGGAAGCGGCCAGGGAGAAGGUCGUGGAAGCGGCCAGGGAGAAGGUCGUGGAAGCGGCCAGGGAGAAGGUCGUGGAAGCGGCCAGGGAGAAGGUCGUGGAAGUGGCCAGGGACAAGGUCGUGGAAGCGGCCAGGGAGAAGGUCGUGGUGAAGGCAAGGGAGAAGGUCGUGGUGAAGGCAAGGGAGAAGGUCGUGGAGAAGGUCGUGGUGAAGGUCGUGGAAGUGGCCAGGGACAAGGUCGUGGUGAAGGUCAUUGAAGUGGUCGUGGCCAGGAAAGUGGUUCGGGAACUGGUUGUGGAUGUGGUCAAGGUCCGAGAUGUGGUCAAGGAAAUGGUCAUGGGUCUUAACACUUACUGGAGAUCCCUUCAAUUCAGUGUUUUAUAUGCCAUGUCUUCCCUGUUUGCUCAAACAGUUUAGAAAGAUUGUUCCCAUCUCAAAUAAAAAGUUGUUUGAUUUGAA